AGGCUGCUUCGGUGCAGGCCGGGGUGGCCACAGCGGCAGCGAAGGCGGUGCCCGCAGGGCCUCCCAAGAAGAAGGUGCUCGUCGUGGGAGACGAGAACCUUCUCUUCACCGCCGGGCUGCAGAAGGCCUACGAGGACGUAGAGUUCAGCGUUGCCACCUGCCUGUCUUGGCAGAACCUGGAGGCCUACAGCUACGACCCGCACCCGGCGGUGCUCGGGAACAGAGUCCAGCACAUGGUGGACCCAUGCAGGGUCGGCUGGAACUUCCAUAGGGGCUACUUCGACGGGCUGAUGCUGUUUCUGCCUGGCCUGAGCUUUAUGAUCCCCAGGGAGCUGGGCUCCGCCGACAGGGCGCUGUUCGCCUUCAGGACGCACCACUUCUUGCUGAACGUGCUCGGGAAGGCGAAGGCGUGCCUGAGAGCCGAGGAUGGCCUGUUGCACCUGGUGUGGCCGGACGAGAUAGGUCUGAUGUCCUCGCCCUGCGGCGCGGCGGGGCUGGAGAUCCCGCAGCUGUUGGCCUCCUGCGGUUGCCGGCCUGCCGAGGCCGCGUUCGACAUUGGCAGGCUGGAGGCUGGAGCUUUCCAGCCUUUCCUCUUCGGCGACGUCCCGCCCGAGGUUCCCGAGUGGCUGAGCGGAGCGCAGAUCCACUCCUACACCUGCGGCAGCAGCGCCAUCUCCAUCCCCAUGUC